CUGCGACUGUAAACAAGAAGAGAGAAGAAGAGAAGAAGAGUCUCCAUUUAAGCUACAACGUCAGGGCCUUUACGCGUCUGUUGCCCUCUCUUCUUAUUCUUUGGUUUGUAUUCAUUAGUGAGUUAUAUUCCUGCGGUGCUGGGUGUAUCAGCCGUAACACUUUACAUAAUAAAAGGCACAGGUCCGUGUUUUUCUCCGGAGUCGCACAGAGCUAAGCUAACGUUAGCACCUCUAGCCUUUAGCUUUAGCCGUCGUUAGCUUGUCAACAUCCAACGGCCCUGUCGCGAGGGAAACAGCCUUUAUGCCCCGGGUAUAAAGCUCUCUCUCUUUAACGUGACCAGGAUAUCCUGAACCCUGGGAGGCUGGUCGGAGCGGCCUCCUCCCACCAUGGAGGCAGGAGGGAAGGACUGUGAGGAGGAAACUCUGCAGACGGCGUUCAAGAAGCUGAGAGUCGACGCUGAGAGUUUACCCGGAGCUGUGAGUGUGUCGGAGGCCUCGGGUUCCAGAGUGGCGUCUCGCGUUUGUCUCGACGUCAGCGGAGUGAAGCCCAAACUCGGGUGUCCGAAGGACAACUGGCACGGCUGCAUGAGGAAGACUUCCAGAGGAGCAUCCAGAACCCAGCGGCGCCGGCGGUCCAAGUCCCCGAUCCUCCACCCUCCCAAAUUCACCUACUGCAGCACCGCGGCGGCCUCCGCUCUGUCGACCUCUAGCAGCGGCCUGAAGCACCAGCGGCUGGCCGCACCCGAGCCGUCGGAGCCUCGUCACGCCGGCGACGCCGCGGCCGUUCUUCCGUCGUCGGCCCAGAAAGAGCUCUCCUCCUCGGGCACCGCCGGCCACAUCUCCCCGCUGGUUUUUGGAUCUUGCGCUGGCUAUGAGACGCGUGUUGCGGCGGCGGUACAAGAGAUCCCCGUCGCUGUUGCUGCCGCUGCGACGACGACAUCCUCCGAGCAGGACGGAGGAUGCUCUGGAGACCAGUCGAGUGAGGAAGGCGCCCCGGAGAAAAGUGCCUGUGGAGGAGCAGAGUCUUCAGCAGGAGGAGCACCAUCACCACCUCGGACAUCCGCAGAAGCCUCAGACUUCCGAGUGUUGUCCGAGCGCCACGGCGGCGUCUCUGCAGAGGUUCCCCACGUCCCGUGCUCCUGUGCCUGGAAGAAGAAGAAGAAAGAUUCAGAUCCCCUGGAGGAGAUGGGCCAGGGCACCGAAUCCGAGUGCCGGUGUGGGUCCCUCCAUCAGGACUGGAGCGGCGUGGAGGUUUACUCCUUCACGGGGCUCCGCAACGUCAUGUCGGAGAGAGAGAGGAGCCGCGAUGACGACGCUCACAGAACUCUCAGCACCAACAGCAACGCCGCCGCCAUCACCGUAGCUUCGCCGCCGCCUUCAUCGUCUUCAUCGUCUUCGUCGUCGGGUUCCCCUCGCUCGUGUUCGGAGCAGGCGAGGGUCUACGUCGACGACAUCACGAUAGAGGACCUUUCCGGUUACAUGGAGUAUUACCUCUACAUCCCCAAGAAGAUGUCACACAUGGCUGAAAUGAUGUACACUUAAGAAUAAAUAUAAUAUCAUAAUAAAUAAUGAAAUAAUGUCGUGAAACGUGGCCUGGAAGGAACGUCAGUAGAAGAAUGGAUCAGGCAUGAAAGUUGUAGUUUAAAUAUACAACGUUAGCUGGUUUUUAACCCGGGUUACCCCCCCCCAUCAUUUUAUCUACACUGACAGAAACAAAUCUAUUUCUCAUUUGUUUUGACUUGCAGAAAAAAGAUAGUUGCAAACUUGUGAAGCCAAAAGUGUUUUUGACCUGAGAGUCAUUGUCUGGAUAUUAUUUCACUCAAUAAAGUUUGAGUUUGGAAA